AUGUUUCUACCCAGGACAUCUCCAAAUUGCAGCAAUGUUUCGAGAAAAUCGAUACUCUAUCUGAGCUCGACAAGAUAUGCUUGUCGAGCACUGAGCCAUGUCCAUCGCAAGCAUGCGGCAUAUCGGCCAUCAACUGCUCUCGAUGAUUGGGUGCAACGUGAAGCCAGACCUAUCAGUCUGCGUCAAUUGACAUUCUUUGGGAGAACAUUGACUCAGUCACGUUUGCUCGAAUCUGCAAAUUAUGUGCGCACAGAACUGCCUACACGCAUAGCACAUCGCUUGCGCGAUAUGCAGACACUUCCGUACGUAGUCGUAACUAACCCUCAUAUCUCACACGUAUACGAUCUAUAUUUCAAAGCUUUUGAGAGAUUUCGACGAAUCCCUGAGAUCAAAUCGCUGGAAGAAAAUGAUAAUUAUGUUAAAAUUGUGAAUGAGACACUCCGUGAGCAUGCCACGAUCAUACCGCGACUGGCCACAGGCGUUCUGGAAAUCCAGGGUCUUAUGGAACCAGAAGAGACGGACAAAUUUAUGACCACACUCUUGAGAUCGCGCAUAUCACGACGAGUGAUAGCCGAACAACACCUUGCUCUGACCGAUACAUUUCAUUCGCCAUGGCAUUGUCCAGAAUCCAAGAUCGAGGAGCCUAACAGUGAUUUUGUUGGCGAGAUCUUUCUGCGAUGCAAUGCCAAAGAAAUCGUGGAAAGAUGUGCGACUGCCACCCAGAAGCUCCUUAGACAGUCGUAUGGAGCCUCUUGCCGUAUUCCGGAGGUCAGAGUAGAGGGACAUUUGGACGCCACAUUCCCGUACAUCGUGACUCACUUGGAAUACAUUGUUGGAGAGUUACUGCGUAACUCAAUUCAAGCCGUCGUUGAACAGCGGAAAUAUCGUGAUGUGGACCCACCGCCAAUCGAGGUCCUGAUAUGCGAGACACGCCAACAUGUAAUUCUUAGGAUUUCAGAUCAAGGAGGUGGUGUGCCACGAGAGAUCUUGCCAUAUCUAUGGUCUUUCAGUAAAGGGCCAAGGCGAGAGAAACGUCUGCAUAACCUCCACCAAGUUCCAAAAAUGCUUGGAACGCUCCAAGAAGUCAAGGCAUCCUCAGAUCAAAGCUCGAUCGUGAAUGACACUGCGGGAGACUCAAAACAUCGCUCUUCUCUAUCUUCACUUGCCAGUCGCUCGCCCCAGCUACGCUUAGGUAUCGGGCUGCCAAUGAGCAGAAUAUACGCAGAGUACUGGGCCGGAAGCCUAGAGCUACAUAGCCUCGAGGGAUAUGGCGUUGACUGCUUCCUCCAGGUAUCUAAGCUGGGCAACAAGAACGAGAGGCUUACGACUAGAGCGAGCAUGGACGCCGUUUAA